AUGAGCAUAUUAAAAUCUUCUCGUUUACAGGAGGUUAUCACCCACAACGCGUACAAGGAGAAUCUGGUAUACGAAUCCAAGGAGACUGCCCAGUAUCUUCCAGAGUAAGAAACACCUUACAGCAUCGGAAUCUUUAUGAAAUCCAAUUCCAGACUGAUCACAUCCAUCCGCGAAAGUCAGAGUGCUGAAUCUUCUGCCGAUAAGUUCAAGGCCCAAAGUCGGUUGAUCAGAAACUCCGACCGAGUUCUCGUGACCUCUUCCCGACUCUUUGAAUCUGCCCGUACUGCCGUUCCGUUGGUCUCCGACACUCACAAGGCUUCGAACCUCGAACAGUCCGCCAACAGAUUGGCCACGUCGGUCGCCGAGCUCAGAGCCGCCAUCAACGAUGCUCAGCAGCUCAACUUCUCGCACCAACUUCUGUACAGCGAGGAUCUUAUCAAAGAGCUUGAUGCGCAACUCGUCAAGACUCACAAACUGGCUGCCGCCCGUCAACUCACUCCGAUUCCUUCCGCAACCUCGUUCAGUGUCUCCUCGAAAUUGAUGGCCACGACGAGUAAUGUGGGCUCUGGAGUGGCUCAAUUGAUCACGGCUGCCGCUUCUUCAAACGACGAGCGACACAUCGGAACGUCGGCUGUCGAACUUGCUCAAGGACUCCGCAACUUUGCCGAUUCGGUCACCGAGAUUGUGUCUGUCCGAACUGACAUUCAACUCGACAAGCUCAUCGUAAGCGCCCGUUCCGUCGUUCACGAGACUGGAAGAGUGUUCGAUCGGGUCCGCGAGAGAAGUGCUCCGACAGUGCUCACUGAUGCCGCGAUGAACGUGUCGACUAGUCUGAAACAAGUUAUCUCUUGCCUUCCGGAUACUAAACACAUCGAGAAGGCGAUCCAGGAUAUCCAGACCGCUUCCACUUCCGCCAACGUGAGAGCCAUCGAAGUCCGCCAGGCGGCCAAUCAGUUCAUCGAGGCCACUUCCCAACUCGUUGUCACUAUCGGAUCUCCGGACAGCAGAGAGGCCGUCGAUGUGUUCGUCAAAGCCUAUUGCGAUCUUCAUGGAUCGGUCAUCGCACAGCUCAGACGACAGUCCGAUGUGCAGGUGAAGGCUUCGAUUGUGGAUCGACUGGAAGAAGCGCAGAAGGGAUCGAUUGGAGUGUUGGAGACUCUCCGUCAAUCCGGCUCUCCAUCCGACACCACCCUCUCUCAACAGUUCACGUCGAAGACCCGCGAGCUGGCCACCACUGUCAACCGAAUCGUCGAGUUGGUCGGCAACGAAGAAGAUCAGCCGUGGCAGAGAGAAUGCGACGCAGCCCUCCGACGGAUUCAGGCGGUCUACCACGUCACCCAGCACGCCAACGUUCCGCUGAACGACAAUGGAUACUUCGCCUCGUUGCAAUCCGUCUCCGAUGGAUCCAGAAGACUCGGAGAGGCUAUGACUGGAAUGGCGAGACAUGCAAAGGCAAACGACACUAACGGAUUCUGUGUGAGCGUCAGAAACUCGGCGGAUGCUCUGUGCUCUUUGGCAGAGUCUGCUUCCCAUUCGGCCUACCUCGUCGGAAUCUCCCAUCCAGCUUCAUCUCCCGGUCGGGCUGCCCUCAUUGAUUCGUCUGAAGUUGCUCGAAGCGUCGAAUCCAUCAACCAUUCCUGCGUUCGGAUUGAAUCGAAAAAUCUGAACAGAGACGAACUUCUGAGUGACAUAUCUUCCGUCGCCAAGCAAUCCUCUUCUCUCGCUCAAAUCUGCCGCAAUGCUUCCGAGAAGACGCAGAACCCGAACGUAAAGAAGCACCUGGUCAGCUGUGCAAUGGAGUUGGCUUCCAAAACGGCCAACCUCAUCAACUCCAUCAAAGUGCUCGAUCAACAGAGAACUCCUGAAGCCGAGAGCCGUUGCUCCGAGAGCUCUGUCGAACUUCGCCACGUAUCUCAACAACUUUUACACUUUGCCGAUAAGCCUGACUUCGCCGCCAUCCAAGGGUCAAUCUCUGCCGAAGGACGCUCCGCUCAGACUCCGAUCCUUCAGUCGAGCCGCGAAAUGCUCGACGCCAGUGCUCAGAUGAUUCAGACGGCCAAAUCGUGGGCUUCCGCUCCACAAGACGAGGUCACAUGGCAAAGAAUGGCCGGAAAUAGCAAGUUGGUUUCCGAUUCCAUUAUGCGAUUGGUGAAUGCGAUUCACGAGGCGGCACCGGGACAAUUGGAGUUGGAGCACGCCAUCAGCCGACUCUCCGCCCUUUCCGGAACCGUGGAGAGGAGCGCAAUGGAGGCGUACGCGAAUUCGAAUGUCCAACAGCAGCACGGAGGAAAUGCGGAGAGACAACUGUUGCAGCAAGUGCAACACAUUGCAAAUCAGCUGGAGGAGAAGGUCGACGAGUUGAGAAGCGCCGCCGUCGAGCACGGAGAACGACUGCCGAAGAUUGUGCAGCAGCACUGUCAGAUGGUUGAGGAUCUCGCCGACGCUGCGUGCUAUGCCGCCGGACUCACUGUGGACAGCAAUCAGCAGACGGAACUGUUCGAUAAGUGCAGGACUGUCGUCGAAGCCGAGCUCGCUAUGAUGGUUGUCUGCCGCGAAUCGGGUGGCAAUCCGAAUGCCGUUCACGCUCACAACAAUGUUAUCGAAUCGGCUGCUCAGUUGAAACACGCCAUUGGGGAUAUCCGACAGACGAUCGCAAAAAUUUCGAGCGAGCAGGGAGCCGUGCAAGGAAUGGUCGACACCAUUUCUUCGUCGAUUGCCAACACUGACGUCGCACUGAGCACUCACAGUGGAGCAUCUUUCGCCGAUUCGCAGACGAGAAUAACUGCGUAUUUGGAAGAAAUCAGAAGGACCGCCCUCGAAAUGCCGAUCAUUCCCGCCAGAGAUCUUGGCGCCGCAUCUCUAAACCUCAGCGAGAAGUACCGAUCUGUUGCCCACGACUUCAAGCAAGCAGCCGGAGUGCUGCCAGAAACCGAAAUCGCUCAACGCCUCAAAGUCGCCGUUCAGAAGCUGGGAACCAGUUGCAUUGAAGCCGUCCAAGUGGCCGGUCAGAGAAGAGCCCAUCCGGAGAACGAGUACGUUCACAAACAACUGAACGCUCAAUCGCAGACCGUCGUGGAGAGAGUGGAGCAGGUGCUCGCCGCUCUUCACUCCGCUUCCCGGGGAACUCAAGCGUGCAUCAACGCGGCCAACACUGUCAGUGGAAUCGUCGGAGAUCUGGACACCACCAUCAUGUUCGCAACUUCUGGAUCUUUGAACUCCUCGGACGACCGAAAGUUUCCCGCUCACAGAGAUGCCAUCCUCAAGACUGCCAAGGCUUUGGUCGAGGACACAAAGGCCCUUGUCGCUGGCGCCGCUUCGAAUCAGGAGCAACUGGCUGUGGCUGCCCAGAACGCGGUGCGAACGAUCGUGAAUCUUUCGGAUGCGGUGAAGAACGGAGCUGUCAGUCUGACGAGCGAGAACUCGGAAGCCCAAGUGCUCAUCAUCCACGCUGUUCGUGACGUGGCUGCUGCAUUGACUUCACUGAUUCAAGCUACUAAGAAUGCCUCCGGACUUUCUCUUCAACAUCAAGCUAUGGGGCAUCUCAAAGAAGCAGCCAAGGUUAUGGUGAACAACGUGGCGAAUCUUCUGAAGACAGUGAAGAGUGUGGAGGACAAGCAUCAGCAGGGAACGAGAGCAGUGGAGGCUGCCGUCGAAGCAAUCACUUUCGAGAUCAGACAGUAUGAUAUUGAUGUCAACGAAGGAGCGCCUGUUCCAAGUGAAGUCCGAGCUGAGCACCUGCAGCAUGCCGCUGAAAAUGUGUCACAUAUCACUCAGCAAGUCGCCCAUGGUGCCGACAAUGUUCCAACUCAGGAUGAGGUCAUCGCCGUUGCCAACAUGUCCAGGACUGCAGUCCGGUCGCUUCUCGCCGUUGUCCGGUCUAUCGGAAAUGAGGCUGACACUGCCGAGCAACGAUAUUCUGUGCUCGAUUCUGGAAGAGACGUCGCAAAUAACGUGAAGACUCUUCUCGUCUCUCUUCACACUCAAAUGGUCAACAACCCGGGACAAGAGAAUUCCCGGAAAUUGCUGCUCGACGCCGCCCGUGGCGUCUCCGGCGCCCUCUCGAAGCUCGUUGGCGUCUGCACAGACAUGACCGGAAACCAGCACUCAGAGGAGAUGGAGUCGGCGGCUGUCCAAGCGGAAAGUGAAUUGCUCGGAGCAGCCAGCUCCAUUGAGGCCGCCUCACUUCGACUAGCCGAGCUCAGGCCGAGACAACCUGUUGUGCAGAAUGUGAGUUUGGUCUUUCGAAAUUCGGUGGGGGGAUGUAGUUGUGACUAUUCUUUGCUACCGUAUUCCUAUGCAUAUUCCCGCUCGCCCACCGGACCUUGAUAUGUCUGGUAUUCUUGGGUUCGAAUUCAAAGCGAAGCGAACCAGCAUAUUAGACGUAUCGACGGCCGGUUUGGGCAGCGAUCUGGGGGUCCGAUCCGGUGAGUGUAGGUUCAGUUUGUGUCGUGCAUAAACAUCAGCUUCGUUCAUCGUACCGAACAUGUGAAUUUCAGGAGGAGACACAAGAAGAGAUGGAGUUCGACGAACAGAUCCUGUCGGCCGCCAAAAGUAUCACGCAGGCGGUGCAGACACUCAUGAGAGCCGCCUCGAACGCUCAGAGAGAACUCGUGAAGCAAGGAAGAGCCGAUUUGAACAGCGGAGGCGUUCCGGCGUACCAAUGGUCCGAGGGACUCAUCAGUGCCGCCCGGAUUGUCGUGGCAGCCGUGCAUCAGCUGUGCGAAUCCGCCAAUGCAUUAAUGCAGGGACAGGCGACCGAGGAGAAACUCAUUUCGGCCGCCAAGCAAGUCGCCUCGUCGACCGCCCAUCUCUUGGUGGCGUGCAAUGUGAAGGCCGACAUGGAUAGCCAGGCGAAAAGGAGGUUGCAGGCCGCCGGACAGGCUGUUAAGGUGAGUAAAUAACGCAGAGAACUUAUGUUCACUUCUCCAACCCUCCAUUUUUUCAGACGGCCGCCGAGAAACUUGUUCAGUCUGCGCGUCAAAACAUCUCGCGCGACGACCGCAACAUCAUCAUCUCCGAUCGUCUCGUCAGCGGCAUCGCUCAAGUGAUGGACGCGCAAGAGGAAGUUCUGCGGAAGGAGAAGGAGCUCGGAGAGGCUCGCAACAAAUUGGCUCAUCUGAACAAAGCGCGGUACGAGCGGGACGGAGAGAGCCCGUCUCAAUAGACAGAAUAUAAUAUUUUGAAGCCUUCGAAUGGUGCAACAAUCAUUACAUGUAUAUGUAUAAUAUAUCCGAACAAUAGAAACGAGAUAUUGAAAAAUAAAAUCCACUAAUCCCAUAAUUCACCAAGUUGCCUUAUUGUUAUCGUUUUAAUAUAUAUGCAUGAUGAUAAUGUUUUUCAAUUUUGUGAUUGAUUAUAAAAUAAAUGACCUAACUAUAAGAAACUAGACACCGAAUUUCGAUGAGUCAACAAAAAUAUGGAGGCGUGCUCCGUCAUCCUUUGUUUUCGAAGAAAAAAAGAAAUAGAAAAGCUGAUCAAACAAUCAUAUGAUCCUUUCCCUCUGACACGUAUUCGAAUCAUUUGACGACUCAAACAAUGAUUCGUAUCCCCCUUCUUCUCCUUUUCCUUCUGAUUCAAUUCUUUCCGUGCCAACCGAUUAUCACGAGUAGCACGCUGGCGCCGCCCCCUUUCCAGCAGCUAGCGACAAGUCAACCGCCCAUGUUUGAUCCUGUUCCCACGUCGCCGCCUUCGUUCUUCGGCACUGACGAGGAGAAUCAGAAUCAAAACACAAAUCCGCAGCAAGAUCCGCAGAUUCAACAGCAGAACGGCGGAUUUUUCGGAGAUUCGCAAGCAGUCACUUCUGGAGGAUUCUUUGGCGGAAGCGGAAAUUCCGUGAAUAAUGGAUUUGUGGCGACGCAACAGCCGAAUGAUAAUGGCGGAUUUUUCGGUGGUCAACAACAACAGCAACAACAAUUCUACCCAACACAAAGUGAGUAAAAAUUCUGGCAAUGUCGCUCUAUUUAUUAUAGGGGCACCGCACAGAAAUGGCGCUCUGUUGAGAAACUUGAGCGACCUCGGGGCCGAGUUUGAAAAGUUAGGCCACGUUUUCAGAAGAAACUUACUUCGCGGCCUAGAAAUUCGUCCAGAUUGCGAACAGCGCGCCCUUUCUGUCCGGUGCCCCUAGAAUACCAAAAUUCCACGUGAAAACCCGGCCACGGCCGUGACCGGUAGAGCCGCCCAAUUGUCAGACUUCUGCGGCUGAAACGCACGUCGAAGUGAAUUCCACGUGGCAUCUUUAUUUUCUGCUUCAGGUUCUGGAAACUUCUUUGGCAAUCAAGGAAAUCAAGUGAAUCAGGGAGCUCAAAACCAGAACUCCUUUGCCAACACUCAACAGAGUUCGAAUUCGAAUCAGCCGACGUUCGGCCAACAAGGAAUUAAUCAAGGCUUCCCGGUGUCCAACGCAUUCCCCUCCAACCAACUUCCUCCGAUUUUCGGAAGACGAAAAUAA